AUGACGGUAUACAAAUGGAAUUCUCUAGUACCAGUCCAUCUUUACUCCAAAAUAAAAUCGCUCUUGGUCCAAACAUCUAUUAAAUAUAAAAGCAAUGUUGAAAUCGCUAUCGCUCGUCAACAUAACUGCACCAUUACCUCAAAAGUAACGACACUAAAUCGCGCCGUCGCCAUACACUGCUUGUUUAUCUUAAGGAUCCGGCGUCUGGGGCUGGAGGUGGCCCUUAAUAAAUCUGAGGCCAUUUGCUUCCAUAGGGCUCGGCGGGGUCCACCGGCAGGUUCACACAUUGUGGUUGGAGGGGUUCGUAUCGCAGUCAAUUCGACAAUGAAAUAUCUUGGUCUGGUCCUUGACAGUCGUUGGAACUUCGGACCCCACCUCCGACAACUGGUUCCCAAAUUGAGGGGAGCAGCAGCGGCGCUUUCGCGGUUGCUUCCCAAUUUGGGGAAUCCUAAUACAUCUUGCCGGUGGCUAUACAUGGGGAUCGUGCGGUCAAUGGCCCUCUACGGGUCACCAGUUUGGGCGGAUGGACUGACGGCGCCCAAUGUCGCUUUACUGCGAAGUUCGCAGCGCGCGAUGGCCAUCAGAGUCAUAAGGGGUUACCGCACGAUCUCCUUCGAGGCUGCAAGCCUCUUAGCUGGAUCUCCACCCUGGGACUUGGAAGCAAAGGCUCUCGCAUCACUAUAUAGGUGGCGCGGGGAGCUGGCUGCCCGGGGCGAGCGAUUUCCACCUCGAGUUCUUGAGGCACGAAGAACUGAACUCCGUUGUGACACAAUAACGGAGUGGAAAACACGACUUGCGCAACCUAGUGCAGGGCACGCCAUUAUAGCGGCAGUAAAUCCCGUCAUGGAGGCGUGGAUCGGCAGAGGGCAUGGUGUCCUAACCUUCCGGUUAACACAGGUACUUUCCGGACAUGGCUGCUUUGGAAAGUACUUGUGUCGCAUAGGCCGGGAGCAGACAUCGGUGUGUCAUCACUGCGAUGGUGGUUUGGAGGAUACGGCGCGGCAUACGCUCGAAGAAUGUUCUGCAUGGGCAGAGCCGCGCCGUGAACUCAUUGCAGUCCUCGGCGGGACAGACCUCUCACUGUCGACUGUUAUACAAGCUAUGGUCAACAGUGAGAGUGCAUGGGACGGAGUCGCUUCCUUCUGUGAACAAGUCAUGUUGGCAAAGGAAGCGGCUGAAAGGGAGAGGGAAUCAAGAUCUUUUCCCUCCCGCCGUAGACGCGCCAAUCGUCAGCGCCGUGAGGCGGCAGCCGAUCUACGACCUCCAUAGGAAAGGCCUGCGGGCGACUGACUGGGGGAGUCAGACGUCCGCUGUAUAGGCGAGAGUAGGCGUUAGCGUAGUGUUCCACGCGCGCUACUCGAGGAAGGGAAACAGCCUCCCAGGGCCGCUAACGUGGCGGGACCUGCCGCGAACGAGCGGUAGGUCGAAGCCUGCCGGGUGCGGUGAAUCCGUGAGGGCAGCCCGGAUCACGGCCACAGGCAGUGGAGGAACACCGCGGUGGUUUUAGCCGGUAAGAGUCCGGCACACCCCUCCGUCGUCCCCACGGCGUGGGAAGUCCAUGAGGAUUUCCAUCGCGUUACAAAAAAAAAAAAAAAAAAA